AUUAGCAAUCAAACGGCAGAGUCUGCAGCCGAAUAAUGACGGAGUCGCCGAUACCAUCGGUCAGCAACAGUCAAACGCAAACGCAGACGUCGGCCGAGACUCGCGCGCAGAGCCAGCAGCAAGAUGACAAGACCGAGAAGACGGAAAAAGCGGUUCUUCUGCAAAUAGAGGAGAUCAACAGCCAAGUGGCGCAGUUCCGCGACCUGCUGAUAAACAUCGGACAGGCUCGCGACUGUCCGGAGCUGCGGGAGAAAAUCCGAAGGCUGCGUCGAAAUUGCGUGGAAGCGUGUAAAGCCUCGUCCCAGCACAUACUGCCACAAGUACGGAGGACUACGGACAUCGGUAUCCCAGUGGACUGUCCCAAUCUGAUGUUGCUGUUCAAUGUCGUUCAAUUAUUCCUGCGCGAGCUCUACAAGAGCGAGAACCUGAUCCGUAUCGUGCCCAUGGACAUGACCGGGUAUUACGAGUCCCGGACCGGGCCGUCGAACAUCGGCAACGUGAUCUCGCAGAUCCUCCUGUGCAAACAGAUCACGCCGAACUUCCACGAGGAGGAGCUGUGCAGCAUCAAAAAGGACUCGGAGGAAAUUCGAGAGCUGAUCAACGAACUGCAAGAGUUUAUGCCCCAGUCGGACGGCGAUAUAGAGAAAUACAGCGCCCUGCAGACUCUCGGCGGGAAAGGGACUCGGGGGAACGGUCGGCGAGCCCAUCGCUGGAAUCAGAGCAACUUCAGGCCCAGCAGCAGAUCCGCCAGACAAUCGUCCUACUUUCGCGGCGCGCUCAAUCUCUUCUGCUGCACCGCGAGAGCCAACUACGUCUGAAUUAAUCGGAGCGUCGAGCGUGUGUGCCCGUCAAAAGAGCUCGCUACAACUGGAACUCGAAUCCGUCGAUCUUCGAGCGACGAGGACUGCUCCGACGCGGAGGCGCAGGGGAGCGGCAGGCGCGUUCGAUGCUCCCGAGAGCCAGCCGAAGAACCGAACCCGUAAAAGAGUGGGAAACAUCGCCGCGGUAUGGCCGAGGAUUGUAUUGUCUGCCGAAGCGAAGUGGAUGGUUUUAUGGAGGAGCCAGCGCGGACAGAGGGAAAGAGCUGGGGACAGUCAAUAGAGGGUGAGGAGGGAAUGAGAGCAGGAAAAAGGGUACACAAAUUGAGGGAGAAGGAAAUAUUGCUCGGCAGAGGAGAGCCUCUGUUCCGCUGACACUUACUCGGCACUGUCUGGCUCAGUCUGUUAGAGUGGCGAUGGCUUUAACACUGGAACUACCGAACUGGUCAAAGCGACUCGUCUGUAAAUCCUUCACAAUCGAGUCCCUAGAAGCCGAUGUUGUUAUGGAAUGGAUGCAACAUUUGGGCUCGCUGAUCUAACAAACGAAGAACCGAGUAAAUUCGUUAAUAACUGAAAAGAAUAUUUAUUCCAUGAAAAUUGAGAAAAAUCAAGAAAUAUUCCAAAGUCGGCUUAACCGCAUUGACUUCUGGCUUUCGU